GCGCCCACCAUUAACGAAUUCACUCUGAGCGCCGUCAUUAGCAGCUCGUGCGGGAUAUCAUUUGCCAGAAACCGGUUCCCUAAAAGCGAAAAGCCCCCCCACCCAAAGUUCAGCCAUGGAAGAUGAAAUCGCCGCACUGGUUGUUGACAACGGAUCCGGUAUGUGCAAAGCCGGAUUCGCCGGAGACGACGCGCCUCGUGCUGUCUUCCCCUCCAUCGUCGGUCGCCCCAGGCAUCAGGGUGUGAUGGUGGGUAUGGGCCAGAAGGACAGCUAUGUGGGAGACGAGGCCCAGAGCAAGAGGGGUAUCCUGACCCUGAAGUACCCCAUCGAGCACGGCAUCGUGACCAACUGGGACGACAUGGAGAAGAUCUGGCAUCACACCUUCUACAACGAGCUCCGUGUGGCCCCUGAGGAGCACCCCGUCCUGCUCACUGAAGCCCCCCUCAACCCCAAGGCCAACAGGGAGAAGAUGACCCAGAUCAUGUUCGAGACCUUCAACACCCCCGCCAUGUACGUGGCCAUCCAGGCUGUGCUGUCCCUCUACGCCUCUGGUCGUACCACCGGUAUCGUCAUGGACUCCGGUGAUGGUGUGACCCACACAGUUCCCAUCUACGAGGGCUACGCCCUGCCCCACGCCAUCCUGCGUCUGGAUCUGGCUGGCCGUGACCUCACCGACUACCUGAUGAAGAUCCUGACAGAGCGUGGCUACUCCUUCACCACCACGGCCGAGCGUGAGAUCGUGCGUGACAUCAAGGAGAAGCUGUGCUACGUGGCGCUGGACUUUGAGCAGGAGAUGAGCACCGCUGCCUCCUCCUCCUCGCUGGAGAAGAGCUACGAGCUUCCCGACGGACAGGUCAUCACCAUCGGCAACGAGAGGUUCCGCUGCCCCGAGGCCCUGUUCCAGCCCUCCUUCCUCGGUAUGGAGUCCUGUGGCAUCCAUGAGACCACCUACAACAGCAUCAUGAAGUGUGACGUUGACAUCCGUAAGGACCUGUACGCCAACACCGUGCUGUCUGGAGGUACCACCAUGUACCCCGGCAUCGCUGACCGCAUGCAGAAAGAGAUCACAGCUCUGGCCCCCUCCACCAUGAAGAUCAAGAUCAUCGCCCCACCCGAGCGUAAAUACUCUGUCUGGAUCGGCGGCUCCAUCCUGGCCUCCCUGUCCACCUUCCAGCAGAUGUGGAUCAGCAAGCAGGAGUACGAUGAGUCCGGCCCCUCCAUCGUCCACCGCAAAUGCUUCUAAACAGACUGUUCCUUUUUUUCCCCCCCGACCAAACGCCCAACAACGACUUCAGCUCUGCGCAGACUCACCACCCUCAUACACGCUCCAGCGCAGAGCCUAGACAAUGUCACCAUUGGCAUGGCUUCAGUUAUUUUUGGCGCUUGACUCAGGAUCUAAAAACUGGAACGGUGAUGGUAUGUUUUCUUUUUAUGGCUAAAUAAAAGCACCCCGAGGUUCUACAGUUUCAUCUGAGGACAUAAAAAAAAAAAAAAAAAUGUACAUUUCUUUUUUCUUUGAGUCAUUCCAAAUGUUUGUUAACUGCAUAUUGUUCAGACACAUAUUCCAAAUGUUAACUGCAUUGUUCAGACACGUAUUCGCCUCUGUGAAGGCUGCCCAGCUGUUGGAGCAUACUUAACAUCGUCGUUGUAGUAUCGCUUGUAUGUAAAUUGUCACAAUGUCUGGGUUUUUUGUACUUUCAGCCUUAAAAAAUAUCUUGGUCCUGUUUUUUUUGUUUUUUUUUUUUUUUGUUUUGUUAUUCAAAACCCAAGCGUGACCUCCUUCCCUGUUGAAGCUGUUGUCCUGUGACUGCAGGGCUGGGUGGGUGGAGGUGAGGGGUGACUGUGGGGCCAACCUGUACACUGACUAAACAAUCCCAAUAAAGUGCACAUGUGUUCCGACAUGAA